UCGAUAUCAUUUGCCAGCAGUCGUAGUUCGUGUCGGGUAUUGUUUUUAUUUUGUAUUAAUUUGUAAAGUUUCAUCUGUUAAUUGCUUAAUUGGUCACUGUUUAUUAUAUAUUGCAAUAAAAGUGCAAAACAUUCUUUGUGGUACGCAUAACCGCAUCGGUUGCCCUGUGCUAACGAAAGCUAAUUAAAUUACACAAAGACAAAGCAUCUCUGUUUGUCUGUCUGUCUGUCUACGUCAUUGCUAUUUUCGUACAAACACUACUAUCUACCUACAUAUAUUAUGGAGCACCAACAACAGCAAACACCGCCAGUGGGAGAGGAGCAGCUGGACAUUGAGGACAGCAUGAAGCAUUGCUUUGAGAACCUCAUUGUCAUCGAUGUAGGUGCAAAUUUGACCAACAAAAAGUAUAGCCGUGAUCUGGAUUCCGUCGUUCAAAGAGCAAGAGACGCAGGUGUUCAGAAACUAAUGGUACACGGCACAUCGGUCAAAUCGAGCAAGGAAGCAUUGCGUCUUUCUCGCAUUUAUCCCGACAUUAUCUAUUCGACUGCUGGCAUACAUCCGCACGACUCAAAGUCAAUUGUGGAGGAGCCGUCCACAUGGUUUGACUUUGAGCAUAUUGCACAGGCGCAGGAGUGCGUGGCGAUUGGUCCAUGCGGCCUGGACUAUCAGCGCGAUUUCUCCGAGCCGGAUGUGCAAAAACAGAUAUUUGCUAAGCAAUUGCACUUGGCAAUUCAUCUAAAGAAACCUCUGCUGAUACACGAGCGAUCGGCUCAGCAUGAUGUACUCGAAAUACUCGACUCCUUCGAGAAUCUACCGCCUGUUAUCAUCAGAGGUUUCAUGGGCACCGCUGAAGAGGCGCUCAAGUAUCUGGAUCGCAGAUUUUAUAUCAGCUUGACUGGGUAUUUGUGCAAGGAUAAAUCUGAUACUGGCGUGCGCCGGCUGCUCGAUAAUGGAACGCUGCCAUUGGACAGGUUGUUGGUGGAAACAGAUGCACCAUUUAUGUAUCCCAAUACACGAGCUUCUAAGCUGCCGCAGCAUGUGAAGAGUGGCAUUACUGAACGCUCGUUGUUAUAUUUACACAGAUAUUGCACCUUUCAACGCAAUGAACCGUGUAGCUUGCCAGCAAUUGUGGAAAUGAUUGCAGCUUUUAUGAAGAAAACACCAGAUGAAGUUGCCUUGGCCACUGCAUUCAAUGCCUUAAAGCUAUUUGGCUUGUCCUAAAUAAGGUGCAACCAUUUUAAUAUAUAUUUUUAUCGAGCCUGAGAUUCACACGAUAGACUCACAUAAUGUGCCUUAAAUACUAAUCGAAUUCAGGAUGUGCUAAACCCUGACAACACACAUACACACACGCAAUCGAACUCCAUCCACACACACACUCAUACAACUACGACGCAUUCGCAUGCGACUUGCAAGAAAAACUUCAUAAUUCUCCCUCCUAUAUUAUUUAUAUUAUAACUGCGAAUUUUUGUUUGUAUGCAAAUUUUGCAAACGUAGCCUUAAGUUGUUUGGUAAGCAAUGGCUUUGUUUACAACCAAAAUCGGUGCCAAGGUGGUGCCAAGUGAUGCGAAGGUGUUGUCAGAUACGCAAAAUCAAUUUGCGCCUGUGCUCCUCUGUUUCACACCAUACGAAGCGUGCGCUUCGUGACUGUUAAAAUGCUGCAGCUUUUAGUUAUUUUCAUUGUGUUAGAGUUUUUCGUACAGAUAUUUUGUCUAUACUCCUAAGAUGUCUUGUUUAGUUAGGAUUCCUGUUUUGUGUACCAAUCUUGUAGGUGUUUCAUUUAGUUUUAUAAUACUUUUGUAAAUAUUUAUUUUUGUUGUUCGUUGCGGAGAUGAUGAUGAUGA